UCUCCUCCCAGUCACAUAUCUCCUCCCAGUCGUCUUGGACUACAGCUCGGAGCCCGGAUGCGCCGCCAUGCCGACUCCAGCAGCGGACGGACUCAUGUAUUCAUCAACCUGCCUCUCACUGUGCGCCUAACCAGGAGUUCCACCGACGAAGAAGAAGACGAAGAAGAAAAAGAAGAAAACGAAGAAGAAGAAGAAGUCGACGCGAACGUUCGGAGGACCGAGGCCCGCCCGCCCGUCUAGCACACGACCCCCCCCCCCACACACACACACACGCACACGCACACGCCGUGCCCGUUCGCCGCCGUUGUGUUGAUGUAGACACUCUGUGCGGCUAGCUAGAGGCUAACGUUAGCUCCAGGGGAGUGCGCGGUAGUGACAGUCCGGACGGAGGCGGGGAGAGCUGGGGAGAUCCAGAAAAUCCAUUCCAUGUCUGCAUCAGCCCUGAAAACCAAAAGAGAUGUCUGUUGAUGAGGAUACUGUAAAAACUGGCAGCCCACGUGCCAGCGCGACGUCAUCCCUGCAGCUCUCAGAAUGCACCGGAGGUUACAGCAACGUAUCCGUGAUGGUGGAGGGUACGGCGGCCACCCCUGAUUUUGCAGCCGCUUGUCCCGUCUCGGGCACCGAGGCCUCGCCGAAACACGCGAGGGCGAAUGACGUACUUAGCCACUCAGACGACGCCGGACAGGGAGCCAGAGGGAACGAGAAUAACAUCAAUCGCAGGAACAGCUUUCAUCAUUCCAAACAACCACAACACUCGAAACUGACAAAGCGCCGCAACACAGCGAACUCUAGUUUCAAGCACCCAACGUCUGGCAAGAGGAGACGAAGGGCCAACUCUGAGAGUGACUCCGUUCUGCCGACCAACUUCCUCCUCGGUGGGAACAUUUUUGACCCGCUGAAUCUCAACAGCCUGCUGGAUGAGGAGGUCAACAAGGCUCUUAAUGCAGAGACGCCCAAAUCCUCUCCGCUGCCGGCGAAGAGUCGAGACCCCGUAGAGAUCCUCAUCCCCAGAGACAUCACAGAUCCACUGAACCUUAACAGCGGGUUAGCAGACGGUAGCUGCAUGGUGUCCCCCUUCAAAAGUGGUGGAAGGAAGAGACACCGCAACAGACACCAUGGGGGAGGAGGAGGGAGUGGUGGUGGUGGUGGUGGUGGUAGUGGGAGUGGGAUUUCAACUGCACAGAUAAACCUCUCAGAAUCAGGAAAAAGUGAGGUUAAAACUAGCACCGCCGCACCACUUCCAAGUGUGUCAGCCUCAAGUUCUGCACUAGACGUCUCCAAAGAGUCCAGCAGUUUCUCCAGUGUCACAGAGGAUUCCCACGAGCACUCGGCCGAUAACUCUGUCAGCUGCAAGGAGGAGAUGACAUCUGUAUCUAUAGAGGAUUCCACUUCCUCCUUAUCAGGGGCGACAAACCAGCACACAAGUAGACGCAAGCGUAGGCGCAACUCUGGUAAGAUGGAGACCCCUGUGACCCAUUCUACGCCCAUCGGCAAGUCAGGAUGUGGAGACAGGAGUUUUGGUACAGGGUCAUCGAGAAAUCCUCAGACCUUCCACACGCCAAGAAGUGGUCACAAAACGGUGCCAGGGGGUCGCCAGCAGCCCGGCAACCAGGCGAGGGAGCAACAGAAGAAGAAGUUUCAGUAUGGGAACUACAACAAGUAUUACGGCUACCGCAACCCACGCGCCAGUGAAGACGCACGGGUACGUGUGCUUCGUCCAGAAUGGUUCCAGGGUAAAGAUGUUCUGGAUUUGGGGUGCAACUCGGGCCACCUGACACUUUAUAUCGCCAAAAUGCUGAGACCUGCCCGCAUAUUGGGCCUGGAUAUCGACAGUGGUCUGGUACACGCAGCCCGUAAGAACAUCAGACACUAUCUGUCUGAGCUGCAGACCCAAGAGGCCAGGCAUGCAUUGCAGGAGAAAAAGAGCACCAAGCAGGGGGAGAGGAACGGAGGUGAGAGUCAGACAGGCACAGACAAGAAGCACAAUGAAGCCCAGAGCACGGAAGAAAACGGGAAACCGGUGAAAGGAGAAGGUGGCCUUGCCGAGGCUGGAAAUGAAAAUGUCUCCUGCCACACUGAGGUAGGGACCCAGAUGCAGGUCGGCAAAACGGAGGAAAUGGAGCAGGAAGACUGUGAUUCGCCCCCCGCUGAUCACUCCGUGAGCUGCUCUUUCCCCGUGUCCCUACAGAUCUCCAGGGGUCCCAUAGCUGCACCUCCACUAACGGAAACAUCCACCACACAGCCCGGAGAGUUCCCCUCAAACGUGUCCUUCAUCAAGGCUAAUUAUGUCCUGGAGAACGACAAUCUUCUUGUGACUCAGCGGCCAGAGUACGACGUGAUCAUGUGCCUGAGCGUCACCAAAUGGGUUCACCUGAAUUGGGGCGACUGUGGCCUCAAGCGGCUCUUCAAGAGAGUCUACCUACAUCUCCGUCCUGGAGGCAUGUUCAUCCUGGAGCCACAGCCCUGGGAGUCCUAUGUGAGGAGGAAGAAGCUGACGGAUAACAUUAGCAAGAAUUUUCACAGCAUCCGCCUCAAACCUGACCAGUUUCCAUCGUACCUUACAACAGAGGUGGGCUUCGUCAGUUCUGAGUACCUUGGGGCCCCCAAGUGUUCAAUGAGAGGUUUUCAGAGGCCAAUCUACUUGUUUCACAAAUGACCGCUCCUGCCUUGAAGAUCAUUGAAUGUGAGUAGCCUAAAGCCACCAACACACAUGCAGCCGGCUGCCCCGGACCGCAAGGAAUCAUCUGAGUCCUUCAGUUAUUGACGAUGAAAUUCAGAAAAGGAGAAUGGGACCAAAAGUGGGAAUUAAUUACGUAAAGAGGGAGGAUCUGUCGAGAAAAAGGCACCUAUCAGAAUCCUCUGUGACUCGAAAAUUCUUAAACUGUAUGGAGUGAACUGGGAUGGGACUCCACAAUGUGUAACCUGGAGCGGAACAUUAUAGCUCGGCCUGACUGGAAGAGGUGCUCAUCUGAUCAUUUCCUUGGACUAGCCUACUGCUAAUGAUGCUCCAGUUUGAUGCACGGCCAUAACAUGUGUUUGCAAAUCUUCGUUUUAUAUAUCUUUACUUUCAUAACUUUGUUCUGUGCCACCACAUCACCAUACGUUAUACAUGUUAGGGUUGGGCGAUAGGGCAGACAUUUUCCAAUUGUCCACCAUCACCACUUUAUCUGGUGAUUGAUGGCGUAAUCACUAUUAGCUCCAUAUGACAUAUGACACUUGCAAAACUGCAGUAUACAACUAGAUUACAAAGCCAUUAAACAGACUGACAGGAUGUCUCUUGGUAAACCACACUGGAGCACAGGAUAUGUGUUUUAUGCUAUAAAUGAGGUUAAAAUAGGUUAAAUAUCUGCAUCAUGUUUGAAGCCUUAAAUCCUGUUGCAGCACACGUAUAAAUGCACAUAUUUUGGUGACUUUAAAACAGUCAAACUAAUCCCAUUGGUCAUAGAUUCAGUCUGUCUGUGUAGCUGAUAUAUUUGUCCCAUCUUCCAACCCUAAUAUACAGUUUGUUUUGUCAUUAUUUUGCAAAAUAGGCCUUAGAGCUGAAUUGACUUAACACAUUUUUUUUUUUUUUAAAAGGACAAUAUGAAAAGCUCCUAAAUUGCACAAACCCAAGACACUAUGAAGUGAAAAGUGGCUCAUCUAAGUGAUGAAGACUGUGAUGCACAAUGAGAAAAGGUUCACUCAAAACAGCCAAAACAACAAACACCCAGUGGAAUAGUGAAUGCUUACCCAAAUUUGCAGCAAAGGUUUGCCUCUCUUGUUUAGUAACAGUCGGUCCCUUUAAAAGUGUCAUGAUGAAUGAGUCAUCAAAUAUUAAAUUGAGAGUUUUGGCUGUUUUUGAAAGCAACAAAUCACUUCAUGGGUUCUUUAAGCCUUUUCGAUGCUCCACACUAAUGACAGGGGGCACAUUUGAGCUGCUUAGCUUGAGAUAUUUCAGCACAGAGACCAAAAGGACUCAUUUGCAAGGAAAAUCUGUAGCAUGCAGUCCUUAUUUUCUUUUUCUUUUAUGACAGUAAAGCCAUAUCCCUACAUUUAUAUGUCAUUUACAAUGUCAACAAUAACAGAGAGCAUAAUUACGUUUUAAAUGAAAGGCAUUAAAGAGUUGCUACAUCACUAGAGCAUCACUGUUGGACAGGCAUUCAUUCAAACAGCAUUAGAAUCACAUUCUAGCUCCAGAGUCAGACUGAAACCUCUGUGAGGCUGAAUUAAAAAUUUACAUUUGUAAAAAAAAAAAAUGCUUUGUUACUAAAAGUAAUGAAAUGCAUUAAUAAUAGUUUUUACCAAAUUCAAAUAUGAAUAUGCUGUUUGUAUUGAAGCGCUGCCAAAAUACUUUAUGGGUGUCUGCUCUUUAAUUUGACAAAAUAUGCCAUCUUAGUCUUCUAACGAGGACAGUUAUGAGUUUGGGUCUUUGUGGUUGUGUCUUCACUGGUGUGCACUGAGCACCGCUCAUCUCCCAACUGUUCAUUCUAAGUGGCUGGGACUGAAAACCUUCCUUUUUAUUGUGACUGGUUCAAUUACAGCAUUUGGCAAACUAGUGUAGGAGAUGAUGGGAAAUAUGGAGGAUGUGUUUCUAUUUUAGUAAGUGAUCAAUGUAAAUAAGGUUGCAAAGAUUUGUUUUACUGUUGUUGAUAUUGAGUUCAUAACUGCUUUUGUUAUUUUUCAGUGUUUUAUUUUUUAUUUUAUUUUUUUUAUGUUUGCUGCCAAUUUGUGAGUGAGUCAGAGUUUUUGUCCUAAAACGGACUGCUAAUCCAGCUCAACAACAAAUGAAAAUGUACAUUGCAAAGUUCUGAAUUGUUUGCUUUGUUCUGUCCUGGCAGGCACAUGGAUUGUUAGAUUGGCUCUUUAUUUUUUUAUAAACUGUUUGAAAGGAGUGUUGUUGUCAAUGCACUCUUAUUUCAAUUCAUUUGACAUGUUGGAGACAUUUUACAAUUUCUUCAAAAUGGAAAAGAUUUGAUUACUUUUUCCAUCAAACUUUUUCUUCCACAAAUGUGGAACCCUGAUUUAACUUCUAAAAUGGAUCGUCAGGUUACAUUUUGGAUUUAAUUGGUUUAAACCUCAGUUGGCACAUCAGACACACGGCACCAAAUCACAUCUUCCUCUAAACCAAGACAAUCAGAUUCUCAGGCUUGGAUCAGCCCGAUGCUGUAAUUGUGAGGGCAGUUUGCAUAAUUGACAAAAGUUUUUCUUACUUGAGGAUUUAAUUUGGGAAACAAAUUGUUAAUAUCAAGUUUGUGCUUUGCCACCGAUCUUCAGAUUGCACCUUUCUGUCUCAGCAGCAGUAUCUUCAGAUUUUAAGCCAACAUGUAUAAAGAGGGCUGUGUACACUUCUGUACUCCCCUUGAGGAUUUGCACAAAGUUGUGUGAUUUAAUUUUUUAUUAAAUUAAAUAACACAAAAAAGGUUGUAAAAAAAACAAACAAAAUACAACCCCUUGUUUCAACAUGGUUAAAUGCAGGUGAGAAAUAUUACUGUUUCAAAUUUGUAGUUAUUCUCGUGUACAACAGAAUUUUGUGCAAUAUUUGCUCUUUUGUAUUUCUGCCCUUAAAGCCAGCAAAAGGCCAUGCCCUAUUAGUAGAAUUCAUUUAAUACUGCAGGAUUAAAAUUAAGGAAACUUGAAAGUAGGUUUUGAAUGCGAAAACUUUGGCUCCCGAUUUUCAUGUUGCAAAUAAAACCAAAUGUAAAUAUGAUAUAAAUGAUGUGUUGAUUAUAGAUGAUAAAUUGCAGUGAAAGCACAGUCUAUUGGAUUUUUCUUGUUUCAUUAUGUAUUAACAUGUUUUGUAUUUGCAACUUGAAGACUGGUGACCCAUUCCAAGAAAUGGAUUGAAUGAAUAACAUCAUUUGGAUAUUUGGCUUUUUGCUUCGAGAAAUAACUUUUCUGUGUUUUAUUAAACGGCCGUAAGCUGAUCAUUUAGUAAUUCUGCUAAAUGCCACCGACCAUUGGAUGCCAGAGACGAUGAACUUCACCUUCAACACGUUUGCUCACAUUUUCAUACUAUACACUAAAAUCCCAGAGAUUUCUUUUUAACAGCAGAGAAAUGUUCCGUUAAAGCUCAUCUUUAAAACCUGAAGAUACAACCAGAUAAUAAGAAUUGAG